CUAAUAGGCUAAUAGUUUGAUUGAUCGGAGCACUCUGAAGGCCGAUCAGAAGAGCUGCAAAUGACGCAAAAUGGUCGAUUCAGGAGCUCAGCAUGUCUGCCAGAGUACCGCACCAUGAACCCUUGUCCUGUCUUUGAAAAGAACACUCAGACUCUGUUUCUGUUUUUCAUCUGUGUCUUUCGGAAAACCACAGAGCAAUUUCAGAUAUGUACAGGCAAGAACAGAGCUCGCCUCUGUUAUGUCACUAGCUCUGAUUAUGGCCAGAGUUGGAGUGAGGUGAAAGACUUGACCGAGAGUGUGAUAAGUAGGAGCAUUCAGAAAUGGGCGACAUUCGCAGUAGGACCAGGGCAUGGCAUUCAAAUGAAGAGCGGAAGGCUUAUCAUUCCAGCUUACGUGUUUUACAUUCACCACAGAUGUUUCUGUUUUCCCCUGCCAUGCUCAGUCAAGCCUCAUGCAUUAGCCUUCUACAGUGAUGACUAUGGGAAGACGUGGCAGCCCUUGCCUGUGACCACUGCACUAUCUGCUUCGACAAUGAAGUCAUGUGAGUGUCAAAUGGCUGAAGUUACAGACCAUGCAGGUCAAAGUUAUUUGUAUUGCAAUGCUCGUAAUACUCGUAACAGCCAUGGCCACAGAAUAGAGGCUAUAAGCGGAGAUAAGGGAGCAGACUUUGCUCAGGCCCACCUAGCACAGGAGCUAGUGGAGCAGCCCCAUGGGUGCCAAGGUAGUGUAGUUGCUCCAUUGAAUGCAUCUCGGUGGGAGGCCCUCUGGAAACUUCAUCAUGGCCCAAGUGGCUACUCAGAUUUGGCUUACUGUGAAGACCAAGACAUGUUUGUCUGUCUCAUGGAAUAUGGUGAGAAGAAUGAGCUUGAGGAGAUUGCUUCUGUGCAGUUUGAUCUCAGAAAUAUCAUGUUUUCCACUGAUAUUCAGUCUUCCCUUUAA